AUGUCCGUCUCAGCAGCAUUGAAGAGCCGAGUUCGGAGGCCGAGUUAUCUCAAGAAGCUUGCCAAAGCGGAGGAUUUACUACACCACUUUCCCAAUGGAGCAUACAUCGGUUGGAGUGGCUUCACAGGCGUAGGAUACCCAAAGAAAAUCCCCACGGCGCUGGCGGACCAUGUUGAGAAGAACAACCUUCAGGGCCAGAUGAAGUACAAUCUCUUCGUCGGUGCUUCGUCAGGCGCCGAAACAGAGAAUCGGUGGGCGCGACUCAAUAUGAUUGAGCGCCGGUCUCCGCAUCAAGUGGGCAAGGAAAUCGCCAAAGGAAUUAACAACGGUAACAUCAAAUUCUUCGACAAACAUUUGAGUAUGUUUCCUGUCGAUCUAAUGUACGGCUUCUACACACUGAACAAGCCUCACAACAAGCUGGAUGUUACUAUUGUUGAAGCGUCUGCAAUCACUGAGGACGGUGGGAUUAUUCCUGGCGCCAGUGUAGGCGCCUCGCCCGAGCUUGUCCAAAUGGCCGACAAGAUUAUCAUUGAAGUCAACACUGCCGCUCCAUCGUUUGAAGGUCUACAUGACAUUACUAUGACCGACCUCCCACCACGCCGCAAGCCUUAUCUAAUCAUGUCUCCUGAAGACCGCAUCGGCACCCCCCACAUCCCUGUUGACCCCGAAAAGGUGGUUGCCAUUGUGGAGAGCGACUACCCAGAUCAAACACAGCCCAACGCUGCCGAGGAUGAAACCUCGAGGGCCAUUGCUGCGAACCUGAUUGAGUUUCUGAAGCAUGAGGUCAACCAUGGCCGGCUGCCGGAGAACCUAUUGCCCCUCCAGUCGGGCAUUGGAAACAUUGCCAAUGCGGUUGUUGGUGGCCUUGCUUCUGGCGGUGCAAACUUCAAGAACCUCAAGGUAUGGACUGAGGUUCUUCAAGACUCUUUCCUGGACCUUUUUGAUUCUGGAAACCUCGACUUUGCAACGGCUACUUCAAUUCGUUUCUCGCCCGAUGGUUUCGACCGCUUCUACAAGGGCUGGGAGCAGUAUGCGCCUAAGCUUUUGCUACGCUCCCAGCAAGUAUCCAACAGCCCUGAAAUUAUCCGACGUCUUGGUGUCAUUGGUAUGAACACGCCUGUAGAGGUGGAUAUCUACGCACACGCCAACUCUACAUGUGUCAUGGGCAGCCGCAUGCUCAACGGUCUCGGAGGCUCUGCAGAUUUCUUGCGUUCUGCUAAGUACUCGAUCAUGCAUACACCGUCGACUCGCCCGUCAAAGACGGACCCUACAGGCGUGUCUUGCAUUGUGCCCAUGUGCACCCACAUUGACCAGACGGAGCAUGACCUCGACGUUGUUGUGACUGAGCAAGGCCUUGCCGAUGUGCGCGGACUGUCGCCCAGGGAGCGUGCCCGGGUUAUUAUCAAGAAGUGCGCGCACCCUGACUACGUUCCUAUUUUGGAGGACUACUUCAACAAGGCGGAAUUCGAGUGUCUGAGGAAGGGAUGGGGCCAUGAGCCUCAUCUGCUGUGGAACAGCUUUGAUAUGCACAGACAUCUGAACGAGCACGGUACGAUGAAGUUGCCCAAGUGGGAUUACUACAACCGCAGCUCGUAG